AUGCGUUUGAAAGUUAAUCUAAACAGAACCGUAUGCGUUAUGUAUAAAUCCUCAGUUCUUUUCCAUACGUUGCGAAUCCACACGUCAGCAACUUUACUGAAGAAGGCACCUCAAAAUCUAAAGGGAAAGCGCCCAGCCGAACAGCGAUGGAUUGUCAGGCAACUGAAAGAUCCAUUUGUUAAAGCUGCACAUGCUCAGAAUUUUCGCUGUAGAAGUGCUUUCAAAUUACUGGAGAUUGACGACAAGUACAAUAUCCUGAGACCAGGCUUCAGUGUUGUAGACUGCGGAGCAGCCCCAGGUGCAUGGAGCCAAGUUGCUGUCAACAGAGUAAACGCAGCAGGGGAAAAUCCCGAGCAACCCCGUGGAGCUGUCAUCGGUGUCGACCUCCUGCACAUUGCCCCCCUCGAUGGCGCCCACUUCCUGUCCAAUCAGGACAUCACCAGCCCGGCCACCCACGCCGAGCUUCAGAGGAUCCUACCGGGUGGCCUGGCUGAUGUCAUCCUCAGUGACAUGGCCCCCAACGCCUCUGGCUUCCGAGAAAUGGACCACGAGAGGCUGAUCUCCAUGUGCCUGUCGCUGCUAGGCCUGGCAGAUGUGGUGCUAAAGCCUGGAGGUUGCCUCGUCUGUAAGUACUGGGACGGAGGCCUCGCUCGUCAGCUUCACCAGGGACUCACAGGGGCAUUUAAAGAGGUGAAGAUAGUCAAGCCUCAGGCCAGUAGAAAAGAGUCAGCCGAACUGUUUUUUCUUGCCAGAUUGUUCAAACGGCGAUGAUGCCAGUACACGGACUGUGCAAAUGUGAAAAUCUCUAAUUUGAAACGAAUUUGUGUUACAGGCUCAUUCCAUGUCAACUCACAUGCCCUCCCCAUGUGACCCUCUUUGAUUUUUCUGAUAUUUCACAGACAGUUUUAAACUUAGGCUUUUUUUCGCACACCUCAGCUGGCAGGUGCGUCGGAGAUGGCACCAUGGGUCACUCAGCAAUAGUUUAAAGAAACUCCCGCACGCUGACCAUUUCGCUGUUCUUAAUAAACGACGUUUCGGCACUAGACCUUCAUCAGGCAAUCUCUUGAUAUUAAAGAAAGAACAGCGAAAUGGUCAGUGUGCGGGAGUUUCUUUAAAUUAUUUCACAGACAGUUACCUUAUGAUGUCAGCUGAAAGAAAACCAAGUUUCAGCGUCCUACUUCUAACGGUUUUGGAGUUCAAAGCCCUCAAAAUGUGUGUGCCACGCCCACUUUUCAAGCCCAGGAAUUGCACACAAGACAGGCUUUAAAGUUGCCAUAUGUCCUCAGUCUGACCAUGUCUUGUCAUAUUCUGUACUUAGAAAUAGCAUACCACCGGUCACUUGAAUUAUCACACUUUAUACAGAUUCUGUUUUAAAGGCUUAACAUAUCCAAAAACAGUGAAGCUAUGCUAUUUCUAAGUACAGUAUCUGAUAGACAGUCAUACUGAGGGGACGAGGCCAUUUGAAGGCCUGUAUCUGUCUUCAACCUAAAGCUGGAGGUGUCCAAAUCUGCAGGUAAAUUAUGCAUACAAUCAAAGAGGUUGGAAUUUUAAUAAAGAGGAAUCGAAACACGCCCACCCAAUGUAAAAGCGUGUACUCAAGUUGGGUCUCCUAAGGGGGCUAUGUCCCCUCCUUCUUCUUCUCUUUUUGAGGUGUUUGCACAAGACGUGGGCUAGCGCCAGUACAGCGCUAAGGGGACUCCAUUGAUUCUCAACCUCAGGACUCCGAAGGUCUCCUAACCGAAGGUCUCCUAAAGGGGCGUUCACCCGACAUAAAGUGGAUACCGGAAAAGAACGAGCCUGACUUAUCUCUCUCUCAUAUACGAUUCUCUGAUACAAUUCCUGGUCUCGAAAAGUGGACGUGGUCCUCAAACUGUGGAGGGCAUCAUCUCCAAAACCGUCAGAGGUAGAGUGCUAAAACUUGGUAUUCUCUCAGUUGCCAUCAAGAGGUAAGUUACCUCUAUGUGCAACAUCAGAGAAAUCAAAGAGGGUCACCUGGGGAGAUUUUAGGGAAUCAUGUGAAUGGACAUGGAAUGAAUGAUGCAAUAGGCUGUUUUCCAUGCUUUUCAUUAAAUGUUACAUUUCAUUCCACCUCGUUUACUCUCAUGACAUAGAGCUAUCUCCAUCAGCUGUGGGUGAACAUGGGGUGUGGGGUGUGGGGGUCCUCGUAUGUAGGCAUGUGAAAAUGCAUUCUUUGUGCAUAAUGCCUUUUCCAGACGAUCAUUGUGUGGUGAGUCAGCCCAGAGAGGUGACGGAGUGACUCACAGAGGAUCAGAAAACAAAAGCCUUAGUUGCCAUACUGUGAGCUUAUGUAACUGCGGUGGAGUUCUUUUCUCCCAAGAGUUUGGCAUGUAAAGUUUGCACUGCAGUUUUCUCUUUCAUCAGUGUUUUCUUUUUUUCUACCACUUUACUGAGUCUAGGAGUGCAGAUUCCAAGAUUGUGUAUUAUGUCAAGGCUUGCACUCUGAUACAUGCAAGGUCUUUUGAAUACAGACUUGGUUGACCA